UGGACGGCCACCCGGCUGCGGCUAUGCGUUACACCGAGGCUCGUUUAAGUAAAUUUGGAGCUCAUCUUUUAAUGGAUAAUUAUGAUGAAACCGAAAAAGAGCCCAAGAUUUUACCGGCUAAUUUAAAUUUGCUGUUAAACGGUUGUAGUGGCAUUGCGGUGGGAAUGACUUCCAAUAUUCCUCCCCACAAUCUAGGAGAAGCGGUUGAUACUACUAUUAAUCUCAUCCGUAAUCCUGAUUUAAGCAUUGAGGAAUUACUCGAAACCUUGCCCGGACCCGACUUUCCUACGGGAGGGAUUAUUCUUAACCAAAAAAAUCUUGUCAGUAUUUACAAAAGUGGCCACGGAACUAUUUAUGUGCGAGGCAAAGCCGAAAUUCUUGCUAGCCAAAAAGACAAGGAAAAAAAAGAUUUAAUUCGCAUUGUUAGUCUUCCCUUUAAGGUUAACAAAACCAAAUUGGUUACCCAAAUCAAUCAACUAAUUAAAAACAAAAAAAUUGAUGGCUUGCGGAGUGUGGCUGAUUAUUCUAAUUUGGAAAACAAG